GUAUUUACAACGUCUAUCGUCUUCCUGGUCUCCUUUUCAGUUUUAAAAUAUGAGUUUACCAAUUAAGAUUAGAAUAUGUAAUGUGGACGAAUCAGUCAAUCCUCGUUUUAUCCAGAAAACGUUCACAUUUGAGAACCACGAUGGCACGGAUGUAUUGAUGGUGUCUGUCCCAGAGGUUCUUGGUUCGCAGUAUGGGAUGUACGUCUGGCCAUGUGCAGUGGUUUUGGCACAGUAUGUGUGGACCACGAGAGAGAAAAUACAGAGAAAAACAGUACUCGAGCUAGGUGCUGGGGUGAGUUUGCCAGGCAUUGUGGCUGCGAAAUGUGGAGCUCAUGUGAUUCUGUCGGACAGUGCUGAAAUUCCUCUGUGCUUGGAAAACAGCAGGCGCUGCUGUGAGCUUAAUGAUUUGCCUGGAGUGCCUGUGGUUGGUCUUACUUGGGGAGAGAUAUCACCAGAGCUGAGGUCUCUACCACCUGUGGACAUUAUACUGGGAUCAGACGUUUUCUAUGAACCUGAAGAUUUUGAAGAUGCACUUGUAACACUCUCCUUUCUUCUAAAGCGAAAUCCUUCUGGUCAGUUUUGGACUACAUUUCAGGAAAGAAGCUCAGACUGGACUAUAGAAACUUUGCUGAAUAAAUGGAACCUGCAGUGCACUGAUGUCCCAUUGGAUAUAUUUCAUGCAAACAAAAAACAUCUAGCUGGAUCGACUCUGCCUGGAAAUUGUUCAAUACAAAUGAUGAUUGUAACAGCAAGGACUAAGAUGUAAUUUUUUUUAUGCAACCAUAAUGUUGUUUGAAAUAAUAAACAGUUCUGUACUUAAUGUAUAAACAAUAUACAUCAAUCAGCCAUAACAUUAAAACCACUGACAGGUGACGUGAACAGUAUUAUCUUGUUACAACAGCACCUGUCAAAGGGUGGGAUAUAUUAGGCAGCAAGUGAACAGAGUUCUCAGAGUUAACGUGUUGGAAACUGGAAUGCAUAAGGAUUUGAGUGAUUUUGACUAGGACCAAAUUUUCAUGGUUAAACUGAGUCAAAGCAUCUCCAAAACGGCAGGUCUUCUGGGGUGUUCCUGGUAUGUAGUGGUUAGUACCUACAAAAAGUGCAUCAAAAGUGCAUCAUCACCAAGGCCCAUUGAUGCACGUGAGGAACAAAAGCUAGCCUGUCUGGUCCAAUCCAACAGAAGAGCUACUGAAGCACAAACUGCUGAAAAUGUUAAUGCUGGCUAUGAGAAAGGUGUCAGAACACACAGUGCAUCGCAGCUUGCUGUGUAUGGGGCUGCGUAGCCCCAGAACAUUCAGAGCGCCCAUGCUGACCCCUGUCCACCACAGAAAGUGCCUAAAAUGGGCAAGUGAGAAUCAUGUUUUCUUUUACGUCAUGUGGAUGGCUGGGUGCGUCGCUUACCUGGAGAAGAGAUGGCACUGGGAUGCACUAUGGGAAGGAAGCAAGCUGGCAGAGGCAAUGUGAUUCUCUGGGCCAAUAUUCUGCUAGGAAACCUUGGGUCCUGUCAUUCAUAUGGAGGUUAUUUUGAAGCAUACCAGCUAACUAAACAUUAUUUCAAGUUAGAGCUGCACGAUUAUGGCCAAAAUGAUAUUCCCGAUUAUUUUGAUCAAUAUUGAGAUCUCAAUUAUUUAAAGUGCAUCAUCUUGUAGAAGCAAAAUAUAAAUAAAAUUGUACCCACAAUAUAGGAUAAGUAAAAAUAAAAAUGCCAUCAACCAAAUGAAAAUAUGUAAUUAAAUAAAAUAAUAUGCAACCAGAUGAAAACAGUUCAGACGUAUGCAGAAAAGGCAGUAACAGUGUUUACAGGAGCAGAGACGCAGCCAAAUCAUCCAAUAGAGCGGUGCAGGGAUGACGUCAUUUUGUACCGGAACCCGAAAGUUAGCAUCACACUGGUUACCUCAACAAAAACCCAAUAGGAUUUUCAUAUAGGCUUUUGGAUUAUUGGAAAGAAAUAAGCUCUGUGAUCAACAAAAGUUUACAAUACUAACACGUUCUGUCCAUCAAGAUAAUUUUCACAAAUUAACACAAUGUUUAGGAAUUUUGAAGCCUAAAUACAAUUGCCAGAAAUAAAAAGCUAACUGUACGCUAUAAACGAAUUACACCACGGUCGCCCGACUUCAACGUCACCAUCACCAAGCCUCCGACAACUUUUCCAAACAUGAUUUAAAACAUUUUCCAUAAUAGGGAUUCACUCUGUGGAUGAAUCUUCAUCCACAUUUUUUUUUGGGGGGGGGGGGGGAUUGUGCACAGCACACCUGAACCAGUUUCAGGGCUCUAUGGUAACAAUUUCUUUAGAAUUACAAAAUUACUAAAAUUUAGGAGCACAGUAAAAAAUUUUGAAGCAUGGUUGAAGUUUAGGUUGUUUUUUUGUUGUUGUUGUUUUGUUUUUUCUUUUUGUUUUUUUUAAAGACGGUAACGUUAAUGUGCAACAAUAUAACACACAAGUAGGCAUGAGAAAACUUGAGCUGGUCAAUUAUAACAGAAUUUAGCAACAUAGUGUGAGCCAUGACAAAUUAAUUUACCUUCUGAUGAACUAAAUUUAAUAUUUUCAGUAAAUUUUACAGACUGUAUGCAAAAAACAACCGUUAACCUGUUCCAUCUUGUAAACAAAUACAAUAAACCUCAAUGUUCAGUGUUUGAA